UUAUCUCUGACAUUUGAUUACAGGACGAGUGUCGAAAUAUCAAAGAUAAAAUGUAAGGAAAACUGUGACAUCUUAAAUUAACAAAUACUAGAAAGACAUUGAGAUGUAUGUUAUUUUAUUGUUGGCUGUUUGGUGUUUUAAUGUGCAGGGAAACGAACAUAGGCGUUUUGUGCUUGAUGAAAACGCCAAUCUUACAACAUUGGUAGCUAAACUUGUAUCAGAGGUGGAAGAACUGAAGUCACAACAAGCCAGCUCAAGUGAAACUGUCUCUCUGUUACAACAAGAAGUUCAACAGUUAAAUCAAGAUAUAUCAAAGUCCACAAUAAAACAAACUACACAGUCACAAGGAAGCUGGUCAACUUAUAUUCGAUGGGGAAAGAGCACUUGUCCUACUGACCAAACCGAAUUGGUAUAUUCAGGCUAUGCCGCGGGUUCACACUGGAAUGAUGCUGGAGCAGCAACCAACUUUAUUUGUCUCGUAAAAGACCCGUAUCUCGUAGGUAAUGGGUCUUUCAAUCAGGGUGCACAGGUGUAUGGUGCAGAAUAUGUCAUCGACAAUGCUAACUGGCAGGAAACAUCACAGAGACUGUUUCAAAGAGAUAUCUCAUUUCAUAAUGUCCCUUGUGCUGUGUGUCGUGUUCCAAGGUCAACGGUGAUAUUGUUACCUGGGAAGAAUACAUGUACUGCUGGAUGGACAUUUGAGUAUGAAGGGGUGUUAUCUUCUGGAUAUUAUGGUCACAAGGCGGGGUCCGAGUUCGUAUGUCUAGAUAAAGAUCCUGAAGCAGUUCCCGGAGGGAACUCGAAACAGCUUGGAAAACUAUUCUACCUUGUCGAAGCUGUUUGUGGCUCCUUGCAAUGCCCGCCAUAUGAAUCUGGCAAAGAACUAACUUGUUCUGUCUGUUCAAAAUAAAUGUUUGAUUAAAUGGAAAAAAAACA